AUGAAUGGAAUUCAGGAUAUGUUUCCCAAAGAUUUUAUGUUUGGCGCCGCAACUGCUGCUUAUCAAGUAGAAGGUGGAUGGAAUGAAGGAGGUAGAGGACCAAGUAUCUGGGAUGAUUUUGCUCACCAACCAGGUCGAAUAGCUAAUGGAUAUAACGGUGAUGUAGCUUGUGACAGUUAUCAUAAAUAUAAGGAAGAUGUGCAAUUGCUGGUUCAUCUUGGGGUCCAACACUAUCUGUUUUCAAUAUCGUGGAGUAGAAUUAUGCCCGAUGGUACACCAUCAUCAAUUAAUCAGCAAGGAAUAGAGUAUUAUAGUAAUCUAAUAGAUGAGCUGAUAGCCAAUAAUAUAGAGCCUAUGGUAAAACUAUAUCAUUGGGAUCUACCAUCAGGUUUACAGAAACAUGGUGGUUGGCUGAAUGACUCCAUUGCUGAUUGGUUUGAUGCUUAUGCUAGGGUCUGUUUUGAACAGUUUGGUAAUAGGGUUAAAUAUUGGUUGACGUUUAAUGAAGCUUAUGUUGUAUCGUGGUUAGGAUACGGUAACGGUAUAUUUGCACCUGGUGUUCAUAGUCCGGGUGUUGGCGUAUAUCGAGCAGCACAUAAUAUUAUUCGAUCUCACAGUCGAGUAUACCAUACUUAUAAUAACCAUUUCAAAACAAGAUAUCACGGUCAAGUAGGCAUAACACUUGAUAUCGAAUGGAAGCAACCUCUGACUAUGUCAACUGAAGAUGCUUUAGCUGCUGAAAGAGCUUUACAGUUUAAACUUGGUUUGUUUGCUAAUGCUAUUCUGGAAAAUGGGGACUACCCACAGAUUAUGAAAGAUUAUGUUGGGAGAAAAAGUCACGGCACGUCCAGGUUACCCACAUUCACAGAAGAGGAAAAGAAAAUUAAUAAAGGUGCUUAUGAUUUUCUGGGUAUCAACCAUUAUACCACUCAUAUGAUCUCUAAUAAACCAAACCCGGAUUCUGAACCGGAUUACGAACAGGAUCAAGAAAUAGAAACUCGAUAUGAUUCAUGCUGGGGAAAAACGCCAGCAGAUUGGUUAAAUGAAUAUCCCCGUGGUAUAAGAUUGUUAUUAAAUUAUGUGAAAGUGAAAUAUAACAACCCGCCUGUUAUUAUAACUGAAAGUGGUAGACCAGAUAUUGAAGGUUCGAACGAUAAAGGCAGAAUACAUUAUUAUACUUCAUAUAUCAAUGAACUUAUGAAAGCUAUAAAAAUAGAUGGUUGUAAUGUUAAAGGGUACACUGCCUGGUCUUUGAUGGAUAAUUUUGAAUGGUUAAUGGGCUACACACAGCGAUUUGGAUUAUAUUAUGUGGAUUUCACCAACCCAAACAGAACUCGUGCACCCAGAAAGUCUGUAGAUGUUUACAGAAAUAUAAUAAAAAAUAAUGGAUUUGUAAAACCAUAAUAACAAAUUAAACAUUGAUACACC